AUGCAGGUGGUCGAUCCAAACUCCAAAUUCCUACAACCUUUACUCUUGCUAGGAUUUCAACGUUCAGUACCCUCUAUAAGCUGGUUAUCAGGUCCUGUAGAGUCAACAGUAUCCACAGACCGGGUCAAGAACCUCUUCUCCACCAAGAGCAAUAAAAACGUGACCACUGUGCUGAUCUGGCUCUGGCCCUUCGGAAAAACGUAUGACCCAAGCCUCUGCAGCUCUCUCUUUAACAUUGAUGGCUGCUUCAUCACAGCAGACAGGAAGCACUACAUGAAGUAUGAUGGGGUCGUCAUCCAUCACCAAGACAUUAGCACUGACCUGUCCAAUCUGCCGCCGUUCAAGCGACCGUCGUUCCAGAAGUGGAUAUGGAUGAACUUAGAGUCGCCGUCACAUUCGUCCCAGCUGCCUGGGAUAGAGAACCUGUUUAAUCUGACUCUCAAUUACCGUCGAGAUGCUGACAUUGAAGUGCCUUAUGGGUCCAUCGUAGCAGCAGAAGGGGAAGAGGAUUUUGUACCACCCAGCAAAAACAAGCUGAUCUGCUGGAUGGUGAGCAACUGGAACCAGCAACACAUGCGGGUGAAAUAUUACAAUGAACUGCACAAACACAUUGAGGUUCAUGCAUAUGGACAGGCCUUCGGGAAAUACAUCUCUGACCAAGACUACUUCCCCACCAUCGCCAGCUGCAAGUUCUAUCUGGCAUUUGAGAACUCCAUCCACAAAGAUUAUAUUACUGAGAAACUGUACAACCCACUCUCAGUGGGGACAGUGCCAGUGGUUUUUGGCCCACCCAGGAAGAACUACGAGAACUUUAUCCCACGAGACUCCUUCAUUCAUGUUAAUGACUUCAGCUCGCCCAAGGAAUUGGCUGAUUACCUGCUGCUCCUGGACAAAAAUGAGGAAAUGUACCUCAGGUACUUUGAGUGGCGGCGACACUUUAAAGUAAAGAAGGCCUAUUUUUGGGCAGAGCACACAUGCCUGGCUUGUGAUUACUUGCGAAGGCACAAAGAAUACAAGGCAUUCAAUAACCUUGAUAAGUGGUACUGGGGUAACUAG